AUAUGAGGUUACUUCCACCCAUUUUUCAGGAUAAACCUUCACAAUAUGGUAAACAUACAAAUAUCUUAUAUGGGCAAGCAUUAAACACAAGAAAAGAAAACAUGAACACCCUGUUUACCUCUUAUCAUAAACCUCUCUUCACUCAAAAUCUAUGUUCAAGGGAUCAUAGAAACCAACCUUUUAACCCUACACCAAUAAAAACCCACCUUCUACUCUCCACAACAACAUCUUGGAAACUUCAUGCUCAAUCCAAAGGAUUUGGGAAUGGAUCAAAAUCUAUACAAAAAAAGGAGAAUGCACCAAAAAUGAGCUCAAGUCAAGAAGAAGAUGAUGAUGAUAAAAUCCCGGAAAUCGUUUUCGAUAGGAUGAUCAAAAGGAUCCUGGCAUCUGUAGGGAUUCCCAUGGCAAUGGGGGCUGUAUUGCUUAAAACUUUUGACAUAUUGAAGGAAAAACAAAUGUGGGAUGUGCCACUUUGGGUUACAUUUAUAACAACAUUUGUGUUUUUUGGCAGCUCAGUUCUUGGGGUUGCUUAUGGAUCUUUAUCUACAAGUUGGAACUCUGAAAACAAAGGAUCUCUUCUUGGUUUUGAAGAAGCCAAGGAAAAUUGGGUUGAGAUGUGGAAAGAAGAAGAUGGUCAGAAAAAGUGACUGUAGAACAUAUGCAAGGAAUUGAAAUUCAUCCUUUUGUAUUCUUCUGUAGAAGUAUGAUGGUAGAUUUAAUCCCACUCUUUUUAAGUAAAUUUUUAUUGGGAUAACUAAAUCUUUAUGUAGUAACAGAGAAAAAGGCACUAUUUAUUCCAAUAUAGAUUACAGGAGCAAGCAGCUUUAUCCAUAUUGUAAGCAUGGAAGGCUUUGGCUUGAUUAAACUCCUCCCAUUAUUGCAGAAGCUAGGAAAACAAUGCAACUUUCUACUAUCUUAGAGCAUGUACAAUGGAUAAAUUUAUAUUAGUAUUUGGAUUCGGGCGCUGCCCGGGUUGGUAUUGUGUUUCCGAA